AUGCCAGGUCCGGACCUCGCGCCGUAUCAGGAUGAGGUUAAGAGGAUCGGUUAUGCAACAUCUUACGAGAGACAGACCGUCCUCCUGACGGGCAGCACGGGCUCACUGGGAGGAUGUAUUCUGUAUAAGCUGGCAGUGCAGCUUCCGACGCGGAAGAUAUUUGUUUUGAUCCGUGGGUCGUCGGAGUUGGCUGUGAAGAAAUGGAAGAAAACCAUGCCGGAUCAUACUCAGGCGAUUCUGAACUCGAACAGGAUUCAUUACAUAGUCGGGGAUAUUAGGAAGUCGAACUUUGGGAUUGAGGACGUGAUGCUGAACCGAUUACGUGAAGAGGUCACGCUGGUUAUACAUGCAGCUGCGAGAAUCAAGCUGGAUGCGAGCAUCUCCGAAGCAUUAGAGAACAACUGUCUGCCCGCCUUAGAAUUGGCUGCGAUGGUUUCGCGGUUUCGUCGACUGAGGCUGUUCAUCCAGAUCUCCACUGCAUAUGUGAACAGCUUUUUGCCAGACGGUUAUGUGGGUGAGCGACUGUAUCCCAUUUCAGAUGACGACCCAGAGGACGAAUUGGCAACCAUACAAGCAACUGGUCAUUCUCCCUAUACGGAUCGCUUCUCGUCAUCUUAUACCCAUGCAAAGCAUCUAAUGGAGCGCUUGACGUUCAAGCGGUACCCGAUGCUCCCGGUGUUGUUUGUCCGUCCGACCAUCUUUGGACCGGCCGUCAGACACCCAUAUCCGCUGUACGGACCCGAAGAUUCGACGCCCCUGACGAAGUUCUCUACACUAUACUUUUCGGACCAGGGAGGUACCCAGAUAUGGCACGCCGCAGAAGGGUAUACAAGUGGUCGAAAUAUCUUGGAUGAGAUCCCAGUUGAUUUUGUCGCCAAUGCGUGCCUUCUGCAUGCAGCGGCGGGGACGCAGGGGAUCGUUCAUAUUGGAUCUCAAUUAUAUGUGAGCCAUACGUUCGACGAGAUCCUGGCUAUAUGCAGGGAGAAUGCCCCGGAGGAGAUUCGGCAUGAGCUACCAAAAAUAAUAUUCGUGCAAGACCGAAGUAUCCCACAGCAUAUCUUGGCAGAGCUUGUCAAGGUGGGCACACGCAACUGGGUCUUUGAUUGCGGGCGAUCAUACUGGCUGAAGCAACUCGGAGGUCCCCUGAGCUUAGCGAUCUGUCAACUUGAUUCUGAACGGCUUGCCUCAGCACGGACGAAGGAAGCUUAUGAAAAGGUGCUGAGGAGGAUGGGAAAGCUUUGA